AAGCCAUCUCAGCACGCAGCUCUCACUGCCACACUACUGCUAGAGCUCUCUGCUCCUUCUUCUGGCAAUUUCCCUCAUUCUCAGAAUACACGCAACAAUUAUACAAAUGCCAGUCGCCCGAUCCUCCCGGCCAUUCCUUCCGGGACUCUCCUCAUCUAGAACAACGACUCCUACUCCGUUUCCUCUUCUUCUCUCAUCAAAUCCUUCUUCGUCGUCGCUUCCUCGCCGUGGUCUCAUUGUCUCUUCUCCUCCUCCGACUCGCCGCCUUUUGACUUCCUUCCGAUAUCCUCCGCCGCUCCGUUGUUCGUCUUCCAUGCCCGCACACGUCUCCACCGCCGAGUCCCAAGCUCAGUGGGAGAAUUGCUUGUCGUACUCGAGGGCGUUUUGGGUGAGCGAAUCGGUGAUUGCCUGGAAUGUGGACGUUGGAGAUGGGUGUUGCUGUUUGUAUGCUAGCCAGACCGCUUCUCUGUCUGUUACGGACGGCGGAAUUCAAGGCCAUGAUGUGAGAAUUGAGAUAAAGGAAGAUAGCGAAGGCCUUCCCGCCAAUGUGGUUGAAAAGUUCCCUCAUAUUCGAGAUUACAAGGCAUUCAAAGUUCCUAUUGGUGUUGCUGUCAAAUCUAUGCUCAAAUGCCAGUUGGCUGUUGCGGCUUUUAGCUCUGAUGGGAGAUGCAGGGAUGCCACGGGUUUGCAGUUACCUGGCAUCUUAGAUGAGCUGUUUUCGUAUGAUGGUCCUCUUGGUGCAUGCUACUCAGCAGAUGCUGUCACACUCUACCUAUGGGCUCCAACCGCUCAAACAGUGCGUGCUUGCAUAUACCGUGACGCGGCCAGUGCAGAACCUCAGGAAAUUGUUGAGCUGAGAGAGUUGAAUGGUGUUUGGAGCGUUGAAGGGUCUAAAAGUUGGGAAGGGUGUUAUUACACUUAUGAAGUUUGUGUAUAUCAUCCUACUACCCUGAGCAUUGAAAAGUGCUAUGCUAAUGAUCCAUAUGCAAGAGGGCUUUCAUCGGAUGGCCAGAGAACAUUCUUGGUAGAUCUUGCCUCAAAUGAUGUGAAGCCUGAAGGAUGGGAUAGAUUAACCGAUGAAAAGCCUAGUGUCCUCUCCUUCUCGGACAUAAGUAUAUAUGAGUUGCACAUAAGGGAUUUUAGUGCUUAUGAUCAAACUGUGGAUCCUGACAUCCGAGGUGGCUAUCUAGCUUUCACUAUGGAGGACUCUGCAGGUGUACAUCAUCUAAAGAAAUUAUCACGUGCUGGACUGACUCAUGUGCAUCUCUUGCCAACCUUCCAUUUUGCUGGUGUUGAUGAUGUAAAAGGGAACUGGAAGGGCAUUGAUAACAAAAUGCUGGAAACUUUGCCUCCAGAUUCAGAUGAGCAACAGGCUCAUAUCACUGCCAUCCAAAACGAUGAUGGGUACAAUUGGGGGUACAAUCCUGUACUCUGGGGCGUGCCAAAGGGAAGUUAUGCAACUAAUCCCAAUGGUCCAGCCCGUGUAACAGAGUUCAGAAAGAUGGUUCAGGCACUUAAUCAUAUUGGCCUUCGUGUCAUCUUGGAUGUUGUCUACAACCAUUUGCAGGGGAGUGGCCCAUUUGACAAGGAUUCUGUUCUUGAUAAGAUCGUGCCAGGUUAUUAUCUGCGAAGGAAUGCUUCUGGACAUGUUGAGCACAGUACAUGUAUGAAUAACACAGCCAGUGAGCAUUAUAUGGUCGAGCGCUUGAUCGUUGAUGACCUUGUGAACUGGGUAGUCAACUAUAAGGUUGACGGCUUCCGCUUUGACCUUAUGGGUCAUAUAAUGAAACGUACCAUGGACAAGGCAAAAGAUGCUCUGUGCAGCCUAACUAUGGAAAAGGAUGGUAUCAACGGAUCGAGUAUCUAUCUAUAUGGUGAAGGCUGGGAUUUUGGUGAAGUGUCUCAAAAUGGACGUGGAAUAAAUGCAUCACAAUUCAAUAUUUCUGGGUCAGGAAUUGGAAGUUUCAAUGACCGGAUACGGGAUGCUGUGCUUGGUGGAUCUCCUUUUGGCCAUCCUCUUCAGCAGGGAUUUUUGACUGGCCUUAUGCUGCAGUCUAAUGGUCAUGACAAUGGUGGCAGAGAUAAUGAAGAGGUCAUGCUUGCUACAGCAAAGGAUCACAUUCAGGUUGGCAUGGCUGCGAACUUGAGGGAUUUUGAAAUAGCUGAUCGCACGGGGAAGAAGGUAACAGGAUCUGAAGUUUUAACUUAUGGGGGCACACCGGUUGCAUAUGCUCUGUCCCCUGUUGAAACGAUUAAUUAUGUUUCUGCUCAUGACAAUGAAACAUUGUUCGACAUUGUGAGCUUGAAAACUAGGAUGGAGAUUUCUGUAGAUGACCGAUGUCGAUUAAAUCAUUUGGCUACAAGUAUGAUAGCGUUGUCACAGGGAAUUCCAUUUUUCCAUGCUGGCGAUGAGAUGCUGCGUUCUAAAUCGCUUGACCGUGAUUCAUACAAUUCCGGCGAUUGGUUUAACAGGCUGGACUUCACUUAUAAUUCGAACAAUUGGGCUGUUGGCCUUCCUCCUAAGGAGAAAAAUGAAAAGAGCUGGCCUUUGAUAAAACCUAGAUUGGCAGAUCCAUCAUUUAAGCCUGACAGAGACCACAUCCUUGCUGCGGUUCAGAAUUUUGUUGAUGUACUACAGAUUCGGUAUUCUUCACCACUUUUUCGUUUACCAACAGCCAAAGCCAUCCAGGCAAGUAUGCUAAUUCCUUGAAUUGCAAAUUCCUUCCCAUGAAUUCAAAUGGCUGUUCAUCAAGAUUCUGAAUGGUUUCUAACUUCUGGCUUCCAUCAUUCUCAGCCCACUCUUCUACUUUAAACUUCAAACAUUAUCAGCGAUGGCAAUUAGAGAAAUGAUGACCAUAUUUUAUAUUGUUCAAUAAGAGCUUGAACUUAUCUCUGCUGCUUACAUGAACCCAGGAUCGUGUGCGAUUCCACAAUACUGGUCCUUCUUCAGUCCCUGCUGUUAUAAUGAUGAGCAUUGAAGACGGUCAUCAUGGCAACCCUGAGUUACCUCAGCUUGAUCAAACCUACUCCCACAUUGUAGUAAUCUUCAAUGCUCAACCGUCAGAGGUAUCAAUUACUGAUCCAGCGCUGUCCAGCAAGUCCUUUCAGCUGCAUCCUGUUCAGGUCAAGACAACUGAUGAAGUUGUGAAGAGAUCAUCAUACGAUGCAUCCUCGGGAUGCUUCACUAUACCUCCAAGGACAACAUCUGUGUUUGUCGAAUGUCGGUAAAAGAAAGCCAUGAACCCAACAGUGUUGAUGAGCUAGUAAAUUGGGAGACAUCAUCAAUUUAGAAUGUAAUGCUCCCAAUGUAGGAGCCUCUUUUCACUUUCUCUGAUUUUUCCUUUUGACAAUGUCCAUUUGGUUGGUAUUCCUGUGGAAGUUUAUCAAUAAUGCUACCCAAUCUAGGAGGAUGAUUGUCCAGUUGCAUACUGAUGAAUGGAAGCCAGAGGUUUCAGACAAACUCUAUGCUUGAAGGUCACAAAUGUACUUCGUUGCAGCAUGACAUGUAUUAGUAUUAUUUCAUAAUGAAAGUUGUCACGAAGCCGGAUUUGUUAUGUAACAAUGAUCUGUCAUACUCAAUUGAGUGGAGUAAUGAAUAAGAAUUUUGUGUUUUGGUUUGGGU